AAUAAUUACAACUUUUAAUUUUUAGAUGCCUAUGUGGAAAAAACACCUCAGCCCAAUUGAUUACAUGGCACGUUUGAUAAAAUAAAAAUAGUAGGAUAUACAUUUCAUUGUUUUUCAGAAACCCCAAAUCCUUCUUCGACCUUUAAAUCUACAAUUUCUUCUCCGAACCCUACAUUCUUGCUUCGACCCUUAAAUCCUCUGCAAUUUCUUCUCCAAACCCUUGAUUCCUUCUUCGACCCUUAAAUUUGCAAGUUCUUCUCUGAACCCUUGACUCCUUCUUCGACCCUUAAAUCUGUAAUUUCUUCUCCGAACCCUUGAUUCCCUCUUUGACCCUUAAAUCCUCUGCAAGUCUUUCUUCUCCGAACCCUUCUUCGACCCCUAAAUCCUCUUCCACUCUUGAUUCCUUCUUCUUCUUCGAACCCUAAAUCUUUUACACUUUGUGAUUCAUUCUUCUUCCCUUGCACCGUAUAACCUCUGCUAUUUGUCUUUUGGCUUUUGGGUUUGUGAGAAUCAUAAAAUGGAAGCUGGUUCUGCACGGAGUCCGGUUUCAGGUUUUGGUUCACUUGAGAGUGGAAGCAUGGCAGAUUCUACAGAGUUUAGAAAUGAAGAUUAUAGAUGCAAUUGUGGAUUAAAUGUUGUUAUUCGGACUUCAUUUACUUUCCAAAACAUGGGUAAGAGGUUUAGAUGUUGUCCUAAGAAGAAGUUAAUUUCUCUGUUUUUUGGUAGUGUUAAUUUCUCUAUUUUUUGGUAGUGGUUUUGGUUUUUCUCAAUUGGUUAUUUAGUUUACAAGAUUUCUAUGUAGGAUCCUUGCAAUUACUUCCAUUUCUUAGCUGAUGAGGAAAAGAUCAAGGGUAGAGCAAUGGAGUUGCUGCUGGUUUUGAAAGAUAUGGAAUGCAAAGUUAUGAAAGAGAAGGAGAAAAUAAUGCAAGAAAAAGAUGAGCUUCUGUUGGAAAAUGGACGAUUGAUGGAGGAAAAUGGGAAAUUGUUGACUGAAAAUGGGAAAUUGUUGCAAGAAAAUGUGCAAUUGAAGGAACAUAGUGGAUUAAUGGAUAGGAAAGUAAGAGUUAUGGAGAAGAAAGUGAAGAAGGUGGAGAAGAGACACUCAAAAGCCAUGAUGAUCAGUGAAGUGAUUUGUGUAGUAUUUUUAAUUUUCAUUGGUUUGAUUUCUGGUGUAUUGUUAAUUAGAAUUACCAGAUAUUAGGCAUGUGAGUCGGUUGUGAUUUUUGUAAUUCAAUGGAAGGGAUGGUCUUUGCUGGAAUCUAGAAUAUAUGUAUAUUUGUUGUUUUAUCUAUCAAAAUUCAUUCACUUUGUUGGUUAACUUGUUAUUGUCUUGCAAUGGCAUAUCUAACAAAAUUUUGUAAGGCCA